AUGACGUUGGAUUGGAUAGUCCCCAAAGGCACUGUUGUGCUUGUCACUGGCGGCACUGGCUUUAUAGGUGCACACUGUAUCCAGGUUCUUCUUGAGAACGGAUUCAAAGUUAGGGCUGCUGUCCGGUCUAAAACCAAAGGAGAGCAACUAGUCAAGUCGUUUGAGCAGUAUAAACCUGCGCUUACCUUUGGAAUCAUAGAGGAUGUGAGCGACUACGACUCACUGGUUCGUCUUGCUGAGGGUUGUUCGGGAAUUUUACACCUUGCAAGCCCAUACACAUAUGCUGUUAAGGACUUUGCAAAGGAACUGCUGGAUCCAGCCCUAAAAGGUACACAAACGGUGAUGGAAGCUGCUGCUGCCCACAAGUCAAUAAAACGAGUGGUCAUCACGUCGUCAUUCGCGGCGGUUUUCGAUGCCACCAAGGGCUUGCAACCAAACGUUGUUUUGACCGAAAAGGAUUUUUCUCCACUAACAUACGAGGAUGGAGUCAACACCACAGAUCCAGCUGUUGCAUACAGAGCAUCCAAGAUUGUUGGAGAGAGAGCAGCCUGGGACUUUAUUAACCAAAAAAAACCUUCUUUUGACAUUGCCGUCCUCUGCCCGCCUAUGGUCUACGGCCCUCUUGCUACCACGGAGCUGCUUUCGUCUUUGGACAAUCUGAAUUUCAGUAACUUGACCAUCUGGAAAAUGGCCACUUCUGGAUCAGCCACACCGGUGCCGCCCACGAAAGGCCCUGUGUAUGUGGAUGUGCGGGAUCUUGCGUUUGCUCAUUUUCGUGCGCUGGUAGUGCCGGAAGCGGCCAACCAGAGAUUUAUGGUUUCCGCUGGGGAUUUUAGCAACCAGGAAAUUUGUGAUAACUUGAGAGAUAAUCUCAGCACUGCAAGAGCAAAGCACGUUCCUAUUGGAACCCCCUACCAAAACACGGAGCCGGAACACUUCACCACAGAUUCGUCCAAGGCAAUUGACAUUUUGGGUGUUACAUUUAGACCAAUUAAGGAUUCGGUUCUGGAUCUAGUGAAUCAACUGUAUAGCUAUAUUGAAUAA